AUGGCGACUGAAUUUUAUGCCAAAUUUUUACGUGAAAAAGCCAUUCCGGCAAUUAAUGAAGCAGUAGAAAAUUUGGAUGAAGUUAUUAUUCAAGAUGAUCAAGAGUCAAAACACAAAAUGCAAGUAACUAUGGGUGUUGUUUAUGAUCUUUUUGAAGGAAGAAUCGAAGCCGAUGAUGGAGACGCCAAAUUUGCAGAUGUGUGGCCUACUGAAAAUAUCUGGGAAAUUAGGAAGCAAAAAAUAAGAGGAAAAACAUUUAAAAAUUUUGAUUCAUUAGUUAAUUUUGUUAAUUUGGGAUGGCAGAAAAUUACACUUGAACAAUGUGAAGCAAUGAUAGAUAAUAUACCUAAACGUGUUGCAAAGAUGGUACAAUUGAAUGGGAAUCAAGUUUAUGAAUAUUAA